AUGAUUUCUACUUAGAAACAAAAUCAAGUUCAGAAUAUUUUAAUAUUUUAAUGGAAAUUUUAGAAGAUCAAUAAUUUUAGUAAAAAUUAGAAAAUAAAAAGUUAGAUCUUGAGAAAUUAUAAGAGCUAUGCGAGAAGUUAUGAUCUUAGAGAAGUUAUUUUAGUAACUUCGAUUAGAUAUAACAUAAGUAGCAUAUGGAAAGAAAGACAUUGAAUUUUCUCAUAGUUUAGGCAAUAAGUGAUAUGGUUGUAAGAACCAAAAAUCCAAAAGUAAGGAGAUAAUGGCUGAAAAUGAUUGAGGAAAUUAAGAAUAAGUGUUUAUCUUCUCUAAUUUAUAUACUUCUGGUAAAUAACUUAAAAACUAUACUGGAAUAUCAGCAUUUUUAUAUGUUUCAGUCUAGUUUGAUUAUGAAGAUGUAGAAAAAGAAGGGAAUUAAGAAGUGGAUCAAUAAAUUCAUUUACAUUAACAUGAUUAAGAGGAAUUCAAAAUAGAUAUAGCUAAUUAAAAGUAAGUUGAAGAUUUUACAUAAAAAAUGGUAAUGA